AUGAACAAAACCCUCAUUUGUCUCAUCCCAAAGACAAGACACCUUGAAUCGGCAGACCAAUUUCGAUCUAUUAGCCUAUGUAAUGUCACUCUGAAGAUUGCUACUAAGCUUAUUGCAGAUAGACUUCGAGGCGCUCUUGAUAGUAUUAUUUCUCCAGCUCAAUCAGCAUUCAUCCAUAGAAGGCUGAUCUCUGACAAUAUAUUAAUAGUGCACGAAGUCUUCCAUUACAUCAAGAAGAGGAAGAAGGAUUGGACAAAGCUGUUUGCACUCAAGCUAGACAUGCGUAAGGCAUACAAUCGACUUGAUUGGAGAUUUGUGGAAGCAAUUCUAUCAAGAUUAGGUUUUCAUCACCGAUGGGUUCAGCUUGUGAUGGAGUGCAUCAGAUCGGUUUCAUAUAGUCUGCUUAUUAAUGGAUCAACAAAAGUCACAAUCAAUCCUUCAUGUGGCAUUAGGCAGGCUGACCCACUGUCAUCGGCCUUGUUUAUUCUAUGUUCUCAAGUUCUAUCAUCAGUUAUCACUGCGGCAGAAGCUAAUGGAUCAAUUCAGGGUAUUAGAGUAAGAAAUAGAGGUCCAAAAAUGACGCACUUACUCUUUGCCGAUGAUUGUCUUCUCUUUGGUCAAGCAAAUCUCCAGGAAGUUACUACUCUUAAAGAUUGCCUUGAAUUGUAUUGUAAAGCUUCAGGCCAGGAGGUGAAGUCUUCCUUAACUUUUAGUCCUAACACCCACAGUAGCUUCAAAAGAUGGUUCUCAAAGAUUAUCAAAAUCCCAUAUGAUGAUGGACCCUCCAAACACUUAGGUCUCCCAACGGAGUUUGGAACUUCAAAAGCUAUCUUGUUCAAUGAUUUGAAAGAUAAAACUUUGAAGCGAAUGCAGGGUUGGAAGCAAAACUUGCUCUCACAUGCUGGUAAAGAGGUGCUCUUAAAGUCUAUAGCUUUCUAUAUGUCCAACUUUGCAAGUUCUCAUUUCAAGUUGUUAUCCUCCUUUCACUCACAAAUAAGGAAAGUUACCACUAAUUUCUAUUGGGGAGACUCAACAAAUAAGAACAAGAUCUAUUGGGUGUCUGGGUCUCGCUUAUGCAGAUCUAAACAAAAAGGUGGCUUGAGCUUCAAAGACCCAAAACUCGAAAAUCAAGCCUUACUAUCUAAACUUGCUUGGCGGCUCUAA